AUGUUUAGCGUGUUAUCCACCAGGGGGCUGCUCAGGUCCAAGACUUCCUUUUGUACGACAUCAGCAAUAUCUGCGCCUCUAGUGAAAGGCUUGUGGAAUAUUCGGUUGCAAUCUACCAAAGUGGCACUUGAUGAAUAUGAGCAGAAAAUUGCUGACAUGCUUCAAAAAGAGUUUAACCCUACAAUCCUAUCGGUGAGAGACGUAAGUGGUGGAUGCGGAUCUAUGUUUGCCAUUCAAGUUGAAAGCGCAAAGUUUAAGGGGAUACCGAUGGUGAAACAACAUCGUCUGGUAAAUGAAUUGCUGAAGGAUGAGAUAUCUCAAUGGCAUGGCUUGCAACUAAAAACAAAAGCUUCCUCCUAG